UGCUGUACUAUUUGCACAGCAAUCGGCUACUCAUGAACUGAUAAUCGGUUAUUCUUCAAUGUUAAUGAACUGCAAGAAUUUUAAAAUCUAAUUAGAAGAAAAUAUUCAAUUUUUCUUCGUCGCUAACUACAUUAUAGCCGAUAAACGGAUAAAAGGCCAUAAAAACACAACUGAAAACACUAGUAUAAAUUUUUUGGGUAGCAUGAAAUUAUUUGCAGAACAACUGCAUAUAAAAUCGCAGACCAUUUUUGGGUUGGUGGGAGCAAAGUGGCGUGAUGCAAAUUUCAUCAAUCAGUUACACCGCAACUGAAAACAGAAGUGAUUUUCAGCCAUUCACACUAAAAAUCAGGCAAAAAGAUCAAACAUCCAUUCAAAAACAAACAUACCACAAGAGAAGCAAGAUUUGAGAUGAAAAUGAAGGUCGUCAAGUCACGACAACCAUAAACAAGCAUCAUAAAAAAUAGAAACACACUUCGACUGCAUGAUUCGAAUGGAGCGGAGAAAUAUUAGGAAGCAACUGCCGUUAAUCUGUGUCAGUUUUUGGUCUAAUUGCUCCCAUGACGGAAGUGAAGAGCAGAAUUAGCCAGAGAAAAAAUAUAGAAUUGACCAACUCUAUUAUAAAAACUGUCUUCAAUAUUGGUUGACUAAUAGAAUAUGGAAGUUAUAUUUAGCAAAAGUAUUCAAACAGUGCAAUAAAUCAAAUUAAAUGUGCGUGGCAAGGAUUCGUUAAAUUGUAACUUCUGGCACUUGUGGUUUCGAUCCAUGUCUCAAAAAAAACUGUUGCAGAAUUAUCUCAGGUGAACUCUGCAAAUUAAUUACCCGGAAAAUUGAACUUUUUAUUUCGCCGCCUAUAUUUUGCAAAUUGGGUGGAUGACAGAGCCUCACCAGAAAUAUUAUUCACUCCCUCCACUACAAAAACUCUAAAGAAUCUGCAAACGCCAUAAACCAAGCACGACUACCGCCGCUGCAUACUUUGCAAACAGCAACCAUCCCAACUCCAUGCAUUAAGCUUCUACUUCUUACCAAAAUCAACGAAGCGGUUCGACAACAUGCUGAUGAAUAUUUUACUCUUCAUUAGUCAGACGAUCAAAAAACCAUCUAUUUCAUGGAAGAAGUGUCAAGAAAAAUGCCAAUCAAAACCAACGUAUCCAAGUUGUGCUGUGCAAACUUGAAGCUACAUCACAUUGACAACGUCACUUUAUUAGAAACUUGAACGGAAGUCAAAACUAAGCCCAGAUGAAGACCCCGGUGAAGUUUGCGAAUGCCGCGGCUGCCAAAGCAGGAAGUUUCGCCUCGGACGACCAGAAGCGACAUGGAGUGGUGCUAUCACUCGCCACCUUCGCUGUUCUCUAUCUCGGCAUAGGGUUCCAGCUGACACUGCAGAGCAUCAUGAUAAUCCCAGUGGCAAAGAUGUACUCUACUGACCUGUGGCAGUCUGCUCUAGCGCUCUCCAUAUUCCACCUCGCAUUCGCCAUCACCUAUUGGGUGACGCCUCUGACUAGUCGACUGGGUUUGCGGAAUGUGACAAUAGCGUCUGGACUGCUGGUCACGUUCGGAAGGGCAGUCAUCACCCUCUGCCCUUCCCUCCCCUUUCUAUACCCAGCAUCCAUAUGUGCAGGCAUCGGAACUAUCUUUCUUCACUACAAUGCCAUCAUCCUCCUCAACUAUCACUACAAGUACAGUGAGAACCUUUCAGUGGCCAUGGGAUUUGCGCUGUGUGGGCAACCGGUGGCCAUAAUGACCACUCCUUUCAUUCUCUACUGGCUGCAGAAACACAUCGGAUGGACCGGCGCCUCUCUAACAUGUGGCGCCUCCAGCUUCGUUUUAGUCCUAGUCGCUUUGAUCCUCAAACCACACGAGGAGAAAGCAACAUCAGCACCUCCUGACUUAUCAUCCAUCAUUCAGACACCUCGCGCCAGAAGCCGACUACAGCCGAAUGAGAGCUGCAACUCGGCUUGUAACAAUUUCAUCGGCAAAAUGACGACAACUGCAAACCCGAGAGAAGAACGGAACUCAAGUGAUGAUGAAGACUCAACCAACCCUGAUGAUCUGAAAGCAGCAUUGGAAUCUUUGGAAAAUUUACCGCCGCAAAUUUUUGUGACUACCGCCCCAGUUCCCUCAGAAAUCGUCGUUCAAAACGAUGGUGCUACUCAGAACUCGCCUCAAUUUUCAUGCAUACAUACCCGAGUCACAGAAGCAGUCAAGAGUUCAGCUGGAGAAACAAUUUAUGAAGAAGAAGAAGAUAACUAUUCAAGUAAAUCUAUGAGUGAAAACUCAGGCAGUCUUAACAGUUCGGACGACGAAAGACAAAAAUCAGACCUUUCUUACACAGCUCCUGAUGGGAAUUUAGAGACAAAAAAUGAACAUCAAAUUGACACCAGCUAUGAAAACCCUGAAAACUAUCCGAGUAUGAAUGUUGUGACAUCUGCCAAUCAAGAAUGGACUGACAACAAUGAUGACACAGAGAAUUGCAAAACGUCCGACGGAAGCUCGGCCAUGUCAAACAAGUCGCUCGGUUCCAAGUCUGAAGAGAACAUAAGCACCAUGCUUCCAAUUUUGACCACGACAAAUAAUUCAAACAAUCAGUCGAACUCAUCGUUGGACCAUCAAAACCAGUAUCAAUUUCAAAACGGGAACAAAAAUACGAUCAACAACAGCGAUCCUGGAAGACGACGAGGUCUUUUAUCUGUGAGUUUUGACCAAUUUGGAGGAAGUGAAAUUUCGAUGCAUAGGUCGAGAAGCUACGAAGACUCUUUCAAAUCUUCCAAUCCUCGUUUAAGCACACUGGAAGUUCCUAAUCAGGUGACCGUUAAACGAGUUCGUUCUGCCGACGACGUUCAAGAUCGAAUGAAACUUUUCCAGAAAAAUCAAAGCAGCAAAAAAUCAGGCGGUCGAGGUUAUGGCAAACGAGCGCAAGCAAGGCGGGAGACGCUAGCGUUUGUUAUCAAAGCUUCAGGUCUAACAGCUGAAAGACGCGAAACACUAGCUAACAUUGCUACCAAACCCUUUCAGAGCAACAGGCGAGAUAGCGUAAGAGCUUUCAGUGGAGUUACUGUUCCUGAAAUCUUAGUGGCCGCCACCUUCCGAGGCAUGUGGAUCAAAACAUCCAGUGGACUCCACGAGAUCCAAGCACAGAAAUUGGAAUGGCUCCGGCAGAAAACAGUGAAACGAGAACGAAAGGUAGCUUUGAAGAAUCCUCGCAUUUGGGUGUAUGGCUUGAUUACUUUUCUAUUGCGAGCUGCCUUCGCCAUGAUUCUCGUCUACAUUCCCACCAAGCAACUAAUUCUCUCCGAUGACGUAAUCAGCAUCGGAAUGUUUUCCACGAUGUUCUGUCUAGGUUUGGGUGCUCUGACUGGUCGCAUUCUGUUGGGCAUGCUGGCCGACUGGGAACACUGUGAUCGAGUGGUGCUCAACUUCGGCUGCUGCCUCCUCGCCGGACUCAUCUCCAUUGCCAGGGGAUCCCUACAACUAGGCGUGGACCACGAGAUGUUGCAGCGGGUACUGUCUCUGUCGGUGGCCUUCCUCAGUGCCACUUCUUUCCUCCUCUACUCAGUACACGUCAUAGAGAUCAUCCCCGGCAACCAACAGGAACACGUCACAUUCAUACUCAGAAUCAUGGAUACGUUCCAGGCACUUGGCUACGUCAUCGGUCCAGUGAUAGCCGGCGCCUGCUUCACCAACCUGGAAAACGACCACUGGAUCUUAAGUCUCACUGGCAUUUUCCUCUCCACCGGUGCCUUCCUGUUGCUCCUGGUCAGCAAAUGGAUGCCCCCUGUCGACCCUCAAAGCAUGAAGUCUGAAUCGGAGCAGGAGGAAUCACAAAACGAUGAUCCGGAUCCUAAUUUUGAAAACCCAAAUGAGAUCAUAGGGAUCCCAAAUGACAUCCAGGAUCCCAAGUGACGUCCAGGAUCCCGAGUGACGUUCAGGAUCCCAAGUGACGUUCAGGAUCCCAAAUGUAUAGAUCAAAAAAAUCUAAACUCGAACUCUCUUCAAACUUAAAAUUUAGCAUCAAAUGCGGCCAUCAUGAAAACAAUCUUCGGAAACAGACUGAUUACAAUAUCUCAAUUUACUACAACGAUUCACUCAUGCAUUCGACUUCUGCAGAGUCGAAAAAAAAACUUGCUCUAUCUUAACUUGUUAGACAGAAAAGCACCAUCGAAAAUACCGUUGCAAUAGUGUGAUCGGUCAUUCUAACCAUAAAACUGUAAAUAAAACUUUUACAA